UUUUCAAAAUUAUCUCGCCGCUUGCCUGGUGCCAACAAGCACAACACACACACACACACAACACCUUCGCCGUCAACACCUCCGCAACCAAGACACCAUGGCAGACAGCACAAAGGGACGGGCUACUGGUCACCGGGUGGCUGCAACCCCAGCCAGAUACAGAGGGGAGGGCCAUCUCGGCGCUGCUGCCGGCGAGGGUUCGAGCGCGCGUGGAAUACUCCCAGGCAUCUCUGGCGUUUCGUCGGCGCUACACACCCUUGAUCCAUCUCCCCCUCCGGCGAGGGCCGCCACAGGGGCUGGGUCAUCAGGUCCUCCGAAGAUGGCGGAAACCCUGGUUGAUAUCAUGAGGGACGAGGAGGUCGUCGGCAUUGGUGCCGGCGGCGAUGAUGUCGGCGGCGAUGAUGGUACCGGUGGCGACAGCAGUAGUGACGACUCCUUCGACACAGAACACCCUUCCAGCAACAACGGCGCGGCAACCGGAAUCUCAGCGCGCACGGCGCUUGAUGUACCGGUACUCCCUGUUGUGAUGGACAAGAGUAACACGCCGUCGAGGGCGAAAUCUCCAUCCCCAACGCCGCAGCAGUCGGUGGCGUCCUCCGAGACCCAGAGGUCCCUCAAACGCCACCAAAACAAGCCGUACUCAGCGUGGCCUGUCAGCCUCCGACAGAUCUCUAUCCAGGCGCGAGGUAUUUUGCGGCCUUUCGAGGGAGAGGAGCAGCUUAGUGUUGGGGAAGGCCCUAGCCNGUUGGAGAAGGCCCUAGCCGAUGUCGACAAGGUGUGUGGGCGCCCAAGCCCCUACUACGCGGAUCUCGAGGAUAAAGCAACAGGUGAGACCCCGGCCUCCAAGCCCCUAAAGGCGUCACCAGCGACCGUCGAGGUUCCGGAGGCCCUGGUUUUGGCUGUGCGUAGCGCCAUUCGCAGUGGGGCGAGCAUUAACCCGAAGAAAAUGAUGGACUGGGAAGAGAAUGCCUACCUCGCCAGUCGCGUUUUGGAGGUGAUAGCGGAUGAAGACCGCGCGUCAGGGGCCGGCGUCACCACCGCCGGCCGAAGGAAGAGCAAGCAUUGCGUCCCCCGGGCGGUGGAGCUGAUGGUCGCCGAGCGCUUCAGGGAGCGCCUUGCCGCGAGCAGGACGCAGUUGUCUAGGACGGAGCUCGACAAUAAGGAGACGGGUAACAAGCGGUCGGUAUACUUUGAGCUAUGGAAGGACUUCAAGGACACGGACGUGGAGGUGGUCACACACCUCAACGACGACGAGCACAUCACCGCGGCACAGAUCGACCCGAACAUAGUCCAUCAGCCCGACAUUUCGUACGACACGUUCAUGAACAUGGUGAAAGAGGUGAAUAAGGACUAUGGCGACUGCCACCAUAACCUGAAGUGUGGGAGUCACGACGAAUGGUACUCCUUCUGCCGUGAAAACCUGGACACCUACUACUUUGGACAGGUCAUGGUCAAGUACCCGCAGAUCCUCGCCGAGUUUGACCGGCUCCUGCCCGAAGACGUGCAACGGGAGAGCAGCGGCGUGGGGGGGCGGCCGCCGGCCCUACCGGCGCCAAGGGAGCCGCUGCUGACGCGAAGAGGAGAGAGGACCCCAAACGCAGAGCGAGGGAGGACAACGCCCACCUCAAGGCCAAGAAAAGGCAGUCUAAGAACGCCGCGGUUGCCAUGCACUCAGUGGCUUCUGGCCUUGGACUGCCCCCCGGCGGAUUAAGCGAGCUGUUUCGGCCAGCGUCCGAACCCGCCCUCACCACAGCACCUUCCUCGCGGGGCAUCGUAGAUGAAAAGACCCCAAAACUGGCGUUUUUCGACACCUUGUUCAAAUCUUUCCAAGCCGCUACGAAAAAUCUCCAACAAGCCAAAGCAGAGGCGGUAGGCGGCGACAGCACGGCGCUGGAAAUGGUCGGUUUUCUGGAAAAAAAAUAUUGCGAAGAUUAGAACCAAGAUGGCUGAAUGGGACAAGAGUCCCCUUUGAGGGACAGCCCGCGGUCCCUCCCCGAUUCCACAUGUGCAAGAGCGAUCGAUUGUGUGUUAGUGGCGGUUGGUGUAAGAUCGUUCGUGUGUGGGCGGCGGAGGGAGAGGGCAGAUCGCUUUCACUUGCAGUACCGUUUGUCCUUUGUCGGGUGGGUGUUU